CAGGUUGCCAGGAGCAAAAUCAGCAAAGGGAGAAAACAGCACUUGAUUAUUUCUUGUGAAUGAAAACAAAAUGCGACGGAACCACCUGUGAGCUACUAAUUCGGCUUUAGAAAGCAAAAGCAGACGCAACAAUGGACAUAUCGGCCCAGGAAGCAGCACUAAAGAAAAAACUGCAGCAUUUUCUUUCAGAGUUGCCCAGAUUUGGAACUGUACAGGGAUUCCAGCACUUUUCGAUGUAUUUGCGAGGUAAAGAGGAACUUUGCGUCACUGUCAGUCAUGAACCUCAGGUUUCAUCACGUAGAUGCAGUUUUAUUGGUAAUUCUGCCACAGAAUUUUCUGCUGGAGACAGCUUGACAUCAGCCCAUUUACCAUAUGAUCCGAGGGCUCUUAUGUUGUCACAGGGUACUCAGAUGGCACUGAGUGGAAUGGGAAAUCAGGGUGUUGGACUCCCACCUGCAUCACCAAGUGAUAAUGAGCAAGGAUCAAACAGUGGUUCCCACACAUUAUUUCUUGUUGCUGGUUAUGCUCGAUACUCCUGUCCUUAUGUAUGGGUGAGGUCAAAUCACACCCGCCUAAUGAAAAUGUCAGGGCUGGCAGACAAAGAUAACCCACUGCGCCUGAAGUCCACUUCUCAGUGGAAGGACACAGAUGUAUUUAUAUGGGAUGUCAUCGCUGAACUUGUUAAAUUGUGCAUGUACCCAGCACCCCGUAAUCCCUUUGCUGUUGAUAUGGACUGCUUUUUAUCCUUGACUACUCAGCAGCAAGUACUGGCUACUGCUGCAAUGAUGUCUUGUCUUGAAAGAAUUAUUGUCCACACACCUGAUGAUAAGCAAUAUUCAGAGAAAUUGCUGGAAGAUCUUCAACUUGUCUCACGUUUACACUAUACAGCUUUGCAAAUGCUUGCCAGGAAACAUCAGCUUCCUGUUUUGGAAGAGUAUCAUCAAGGGCAAAAGCAAAAGAUGCACAGUGCCCAGAGUGGACGUGGAACAUUUGCAAAAUCUGGUGGCAGGUACCCAAGCAUAGAAAAUACCACUGUCACCCCCAAUCCAGGUAUGACUGUAGAGUCAACUCGGGGCGUCUAUACACCUCAAGGUUCAGCAGAAAGAGGGUUUCCAGGUUAUGGCUUCACUCCUGCACCAAGUCUGUUUUAGAAAGGAUUUAUUCCUUGUUUGAAUUUAACUAAAAAAGCAUACAUGUAAAACACGAGCAGCUAAGAAGAAUUGUUUAAGUAAAAUUUUAAGCAAUCACUUUGUUUACAAUAUAUGAUUUAGAUGUAGAAGUUGUGCUGGCUAUGUGUGCAGCGGUAGAGAGCUUGUCACCAAGGUGGUGAGCAUUGUGGGUCAUAGGUCAGAUUCUUGUCUUCAGCUUAGGUACAUGUAUUUUCUAUGAGAUGUUACCUUUUUAUCAGGGGCUAUUUCCAGAUGCUUUGGUUUCCUCCCAGUUCCUCACCCCAUACUCAAUACUGCAGAAUCACAACAAAGUAUUAUAGUGCUUAAGUGUCACUCCAUAACAAAAGAUGUGAAAGUAUUAUAUGCUGUAUGCACACAGUCCAGAAGCAGAUGUUAGCCUGAGUGGCUCACCUUCAGUGUAUUAAAUGUCUCAUGGGAAACAACUUUUUUUCUUAAUGACUGGAUCAAACUCAUGACAUUAUGUUUGUCCACAUCCACUCCUAAUCUCCCCAUUGGCUGUAGCCUAGACAGUGACAAUGUAUCCAUGUGCAGUCUUCUUUCUGUGCAUGGUGAUGCUUGUAGGCAUGUAUCUCAAGGACAGAAAAGGGUAUUCACCCAGAUUCUGAAUGAAAAUAGCAUCUGCAAAAAAAAAAAAAAAGAAAGAGCUGUUACACGUCUACUUUUACUUCUUCUAGAGGAGAGCAUCUGUCUUUCCCAGCCCUCAGUUUGAGUAGAUUAUAUUAUACCCUACCUCCUUAAGCUUUGCUGGUUGCCAGCUCAAGCUCACAUGGAAUACAAGAUCACUACAGUGUUACUGUUGUCUUCGUGGCUUGCCUCAGCAUACCUGAUAUCAUCACCCCAGUCGGUGUCUUAGGUCUGCUUUUGUUGCUUCCUCUCUGUGCCACACCUGAGACAGAAGAAAUUUGGUAGACACUCCUUUUUUUCUUGAACCCGUCUGCCCUUUUCUGUUUCUAUGUUCAAAGCAUUUAAAUCCAGCCUCAAAACCUGUCUCAUUAAGAAAUAUCUUGCAUAAUCAAGCAUACCAUUUGAUGUGCCCUUUAAUUCUUCAUUUUCAUCCAUGUACUUAGUUCAUGUUUUGAGCCACUCACCUUUUACUGUUUUACUUUCAAUUCAUGUACCAUAUGGAAGAUCAAAGGAACUUUUUUUUAGAAUAGGAAUGUUUAUAUAAAAAUGGCCUGUUAACAUGCCAGCCUGCAAAUUGAGCAGACUGGUUUCACAACAAAAGAUAAACUAACAUGGUGACUUGAUUUAUGCAGAAUUAUUUCUUAAUUUGUGUACUUUGCUAUGGUAACUGUGCUUAUGAAGACAAUCUCUUUCUCUGAGUGCAAUUGGCAGCUGAUUAUGUGUCAUUAAAUGAUCUUGUGUUAUUAAUUGUGGAGAUUCUGUGUGAUUCACAGCAACAGUCCUACUUCGGGUAUUACUAAUGACAGCCACCACUGUGGGAUUUUUUUAUACAACACUUUUUAGGUUAGGUAUUUACUCUUUUGGCUACUUAGUAAUAUUUUUAGUAGAUAUUUUUCAACACCCUUAUUGCUGGCAGUCAGUUUCCAUAACUUGCUUCACUGGGACCAUGUUACGUGACCUAAUAUCAGAUAUUUUGUUUUGUGAUGACAUUUUCAUCAGUUUUAGUACAGGCUUGAACAUUCCCAUAAGUACAUUUAAGUUAGUAGAAUGAAGGUAUCAUGAAAUAGCCGUUUCAUCAGCCUUUCCUGUUUGAAAAGGCAUCAUUGUGUGAUUGUUACACAGAAUCAUGUGCUUUAGAGACAGAUGUCAUGCAAGUGGGUCAACUUCCUUGUGUUAAAUUUGUAUGAGCCACUAGGAAUGCAAUGUCAUCUUAAGUGUUUAAUGUGCUAUACAACACAACCAUUCCUCUUUGCCUUUUUAUUUAAUAGAGUCCUCUACAAUUUUUUCAAAUAUGUUUUUAAUCAUCAGUCUUUAAAAUAUUUUCAGUGUUGUCAUAUCUGUUAUUUUGUCACAAAAAUACAACCAGUAUUUAUUUGUCAAUCUGUCUUCAUGGCAGGUAUUCACAGUAAAGAAUUGAAGAAUUUGUUUACCCUCUGAAAAAGUAUUGUUAUAUGCAAUUUUCUUCAUGCACUUUUACAAAAAUUAAUUUUUCUUAUACUGUUUUUGUUAAAUAUGUCCAAAUUGGGUGUUUUUUGCAGUGCAGACCACAUGUCUUUCCAUCAUCAAACUUCAGUACUGUCAUUAUGUCACAACAAAGCCUUUUGGCUUUCCUGAAAUGUUUUAAUAUUGUGUCAACAUGUACUGCAUAGGCACAUCUUUGCCUUCUUCAAAGAUAAAAGACAAACCAUUUGAUGCAAGCAUUUUUAGCCAGCCUGUCACUAAAACUAUUACUAAAAUUUAAGAAUUAUUUGGGUAAAGGUUUGCACAGAAAGGGUUGUAAGAAUUUUUUUAAAUGGCAUUUUACAAGAUAUGUUUUCAGAAUUCUUUAGUCCCAAUGCAUGGAGCAUCAGCACAUCCCUUUAUAUGCCCUGCCCUGAACCUUCUCUGCUAGCGGUUUCCAUUUGUCCACAGUAUUCCUCCAUGAGCUAUAGUUAUGAAAUGAAGGUAAGUCAUAUGGAGAAUUCAAGAGUAAAGUGGUGUCCAGACCCCACAAACAUCAUGGGGUGAAGAAACAUGAGGUCCAUGAGGUCUGAACACUGCUUUGUAACUUCAGAAACAUUUUUCUUUUAGCUCCCCAUUUUGCCCUGGGAAUAACUAGCUUCAUCACUACAGCCAUGAGGUCCCCAUGCCAAGUAGGUAUUCUAUGAAUGUACAUGGUAAUUUAUAGCAAAAUUGUAAAAGUGUUUUUGAAAUACUAAUAACUUUAUUUCUAAUUUACAUGUUAUUCAAAAUAUUGGAGUAAGAGGAGCUAUGUGUGCAUAUGUGCCUCCAUUUCCAUGCAAUUGUGUAAAGAUGUAGAUGUACCCUGGGUAAAGGGGAAAGGUUCUUACUGGGAAAAAAAUUGCAUUUGUUACUGAUUACCUGGCUUUAGCUGCAAUCUUUCACCGCUUGGAUGUAGACACAAAAAUAUAUAAAUGUUUAGAAAAGCCCCAUUCCAGUUAUCACCUACAACUUAAUUCAGUGACAUAUCACAAUCUGUAAAACUUGUUGACUGAAUUAAAUAUUUAGAAAUGAUA